AUGAGAAACCAAACUCUUAAAUUUCAUUUCCUCCUCUUCUUACUAAUCACCAUGUUUCUUUUCCAUCCUACAAAUUCAAAGUCUAUUAAUUUAAGAAGGGGUGCUUCUAUAUCUGUAGAAGGCGACACCAUCAUCACCUCCUCAGAUAAUUCAUUUACCUGUGGCUUUUACGCAUUGCCCGGUAGCAAUGCCUACUGGUUUGCCAUUUGGUUCACCAAUUCUAAAGAAAAAACAGUUGUUUGGACAGCAAACCGGGACAGGCCAGUCAGCAGCCGGGGCUCAAGAGUUUCUAUACGGGGAGAUGGAACCAUGGUCUUGACAGAUGUUGAUGGCAGCGUUAAAUGGCAGACAAAUACAACCAGUACUGAUGUUGCUGCAGCUGAGCUUCUUAAUACGGGAAACCUCGUUUUGAAGAAUCUACGAGGCGAUAUUCUCUGGCAAAGUUUUGAUGUUCCUACUGAUACUCUUUUACCUUCUCAAACAUUAACCAAGAACAAAAGAUUGACAUCAUCAUUAAGAAAAGGAAGUUUCGAACCAGGUUACUUCAAUUUAUAUUUUGGUGCAGACAAUGUUUUGACAUUAAUCUCUGAUAACCCUGAAACAUCAAGCAUCUACUGGCCAGAUCCUUAUCAUGAUAUAUAUACGAAUGGAAGGACAAACUAUAACAGUAGCAGAAUAGCAUUUUUAGAUGAUAUGGGCAUGUUUCGAUCAAGUGAUAAAUUUCAAGCCAAUGCUUCUGAUAAAGGAUUUGGGAUAAAAAGAAGGUUAACAAUAGACCAAGAUGGAAAUCUUAGAAUCUAUAGUUUGAGUAAUUCAACAGGGCUAUGGUUGAUAACAUGGCAAGCACUUUCACAACCUUGUCAAGUACAUGGAGUGUGCGGAAGAAAUGCGAUCUGUGUUUAUGCACCUAUACCCAAGUGUAUAUGUACUCCUGGAUUUGAAGUAAAUAAUCCAAGUGACUGGAGUGCUGGUUGUAAGCCUGCAUUCAAAGAAACCCUCUCGAAUUUGCAGGUAAAAUUUGUGGAAGUUCCCCAGACAGAUUACUUUGGGUUUGAUAUUGAUUUCCAACCAGAUUUUUCAAUGGAGGCUUGCCGGGAACUCUGUUUAGGAGAUUCCCGUUGCAAGGCAUUUACCUACAGGACAUGGGGAGAUGGACAUUGCUAUGUAAAAAGUUCACUUUUUAAUGGCUUUAUGUCUCCAGAUUUUCCUGGAAGUACAUACAUAAAAUUACCCAGGAGUGUGAAAGUAUCAGAACCAUCAUUUUUUCAGGGUUCCCGCAACACGUGUGAACACCGUGAAGCAGAAAUUCUUGUAGGUUCUCUUUCUAAGUAUGACUCCACCGGAAGAAUGGUGAGAUGGGUGUAUAUCUACACAUUUUGCGGGGCCCUUGGGGCAAUUGAACUAGUAUUUAUAGCAUUAGGAUGGUGGUUUCUAUUCAGGAAGCGGGGUGUUCCAGCUUCGGUUGAAGCAGGGUAUCGCAUGAUAUCCAGCAAUUUCACGAGGUUUAACUUCUGUGAACUUAAGAAAGCUACCAAUAACUUCAGGGAAGAGCUAGGACGAGGAGGCUCUGGCAUAGUUUAUAAGGGUGUUUUGUCAGAUGAUAGGAUGGUGGCAGUGAAGAGACUGGGAGAUGUGUUUCAAGGUCAAGACCAUUUCUGGGCGGAGAUGAGAACCAUAGGAAAGAUCAAUCAUAUAAAUCUUGUGAGAAUGUGGGGAUUUUGUUCAGAAAGGAGACACCGACUCUUAGUAUACGAAUAUGUCAGAAACAUGUCGCUUGACAAACAUAUUUUCAACUCAAAUUUUCUGGGAUGGAAACAAAGAUUUGCAGUGGCAUUAGGUACAGCCAAAGGUUUGGCCUACCUCCACCAUGAAUGUCUUGAAUGGGUUAUCCAUUGCGAUGUGAAGCCAGAAAAUAUUCUUCUGGACAGCGAAUUACAACCCAAGAUUGCAGAUUUUGGGCUUGCAAAGCUGUUCCAGAGAGAUGGCCCUGCUUCAGAAAUCUCAAAAAUUCGAGGAACACAAGGCUAUAUGGCUCCAGAGUGGGCACUAAACCUUCCAAUUACUGCAAAAGUCGACGUCUAUGGGUAUGGAGUUGUAGUCCUUGAGAUGAUAAAGGGAACUAGGCUCUCAAAUUGGGCAGUAGGCGAUACAGACGAGCACGAAAUUCCCCUUAAAACUUUUGGCAGGACAGUGAAGGAAAAAGUUCAGUGUGGAAACUCCUCUUGGGUAGACAGCAUAGUGGAUCCAAGAUUGGAAGGGAAGUUUAGCCGAAAACAGGCAGAAACAUUGGUUAAAGUAGGUCUUUCUUGUGUAGAGGAAAACAGAAGCAAGCGCCCAACAAUGGCUUCAGUAGUCCAGAAUCUCAUGGAAUGCGAAGAAUAA